UGUUUUUUUUAAAGUGGGAUUCCCCGACAACGUGCUUUAGUCAGUUCAAAAUAUUUUGGAAGUGUUUUCUGGACGAAUUGGAGGCUUUCCUCUGAAAAACACAUUUGAAAGGGAGAAUGGACCCCGACUUCAACCUCCCUUUGAGUCAGGACACCUUCCAUGAUUUAUGGAACACUGUUGUUUUGUCGACUGAGAAUGAGUCUUUGGCUACAGGUGACGGAUUGCUGGAUCUAAAUAUACAUUUUUGGGAGAAUGGAGAACUUCCACAGCAGGAAACUAAAAAUGUGCCUGCAGCCCCAAUGGUCCCUGCAAUUUCCAAUUACGCGGGAGAAUUAGAUUUUGCCCUCCGAUUUAGCGAGUCUGGCACCGCAAAAAGCGUGACUUCCACGUUUUCAGAAAAAUUGACCAAACUAUUCUGCCAGCUGGCUAAGACCACUCCGAUUGGGAUUUUGGUUAAGGAGGAGCCUCCGCAGGGCGCCGUCAUCAGAGCAACGGCUGUGUAUAAAAAGACUGAGCAUGUGGCAGAAGUCGUCAAGAGGUGCCCACACCACCAAAGUGAAGACGCGUCCGACAACAAGAGCCAUCUGAUCCGAGUGGAGGGCAGCCAGCUGGCCCAGUACUUUGAGGAUCCGAACACCAAAAGGCAGAGCGUGACCGUACCUUACGAACGCCCACAGCGGGGAUCUGAGAUGACGACCAUCCUGCUGAGUUUUAUGUGCAACAGCUCCUGUAUGGGAGGCAUGAACCGGAGGCCCAUCCUUGCCAUCCUGACCCUGGAGACCACAGAGGGGGAGGUUUUGGGCAGGCGGUGCUUCGAGGUCCGUGUCUGUGCCUGUCCAGGCAGGGACCGCAAGACAGAGGAAGAAAACCUGGAGAAAAACGGCACUAAGCAGACAAAGAAAAGAAAGAGCGCUCCUGCUCCAGACACAUCCACUGCUAAAAAGUCCAAGUCUGCCUCUAGUGGAGAAGAUGAGGACAAGGAGUUGUACACUCUGCAGAUACGGGGCCGUGACAGAUUCAAUAUGUUUAAAAACCUGAAUGAUGGUCUUGAACUGCUGGACAAAACAGGGUCCAAGAAAAAACAGGAGCUUCCUGCGCCCUCCAGCGGGAAGAGGCUGCUGAAGGGGGCGAGCGACAGCGACUAGUUACCGUCUUUCAUUUGUCUUUUGGUUUAUGUUUUUUUUAUAUACUCCAUUAUUAAUUUUUCAUUUAUAAUGGCAUUAUGUUUUCAUUUAACUGUAGUAAUUUGUCUUCUUUUUUCUUUUUAUAUUUUUAAAAAUUGCUUAGCUAGGUUCAAUUAUGUGGAAUUAAGUAUUGGCCAGUUUUGAGCCAAAUUGCUUUCGUUUACUAAAGCUAUAUUUUCUUAUUUCCUUAGUUUAAAGAUUAGAUGAUAUCAGUUGUGAUUUAUCUCUUGGGAACAGUUUAUUUUUUUACAUUUUUUUAAGUAGUGUUGGUAGAAGAGGGGCUGGCUGGAUCACCCCCAACACUUGAUCCUUGUUUUAUGUUUUGUGGCCCUUUUUUUGAAAACUAAUUUGACACUGAAUAACCGUCUGUUUUCCUGCCAGCUACUGUAUUCAAAAUAUGAAUCGAGUCGCAUCUUUACAGCAGUAAAGUUGAAAUUUUUUUUGUUUCCUCCUCUAAACCAGUUGAACCACUUUAAGGCACUUUGGCUUGACAUUACCAAUCACUGACUAAAUGACCACUUUAAACAUAACACUGCCAGAGAAUAUUAGGAGGCAUUUCUGUAACUUUGUAGUUUAGCGAAAGGUUUCGGUUUCCUUUAUAUUCUUUAAAUUUCAUGUAUUUUGUACUGACUUUCUGUUUUAUACUCGAGCUUUGAGCUGAAAUAAACGCAUUCCAUCUCAA